AUGAUUAUAAGACGCGAACGGGCUGAUCAAACAAACGCUCAAGCUGCUCUGAAGCAGCUUGAGAAAACCCUAGCAAAAUUGCCUGGUGUGGUAGAAAGUUCUGAUGUGCCUAACAAGGGGACCUGGCCGACCACGGGGAAGCCCCUUUCUAACACCGUCCAGGGAUCAGACAGACUAAAAGGGGAGAGGACGAUCUCGGACCACAUGGAAGACUCCAUGGUCAUCGACGCCCCCAUCACCAUCAAAGACGACCUCGAACAAAUAUGUGUAGAUAUAAGGCAUGUUCAGGCUAUGCUGAGGGAGGUCGAUCAUAACGAGUUACUACCAAGACAACGAACUCCAGAUGGUAGUGCAUUCAUCUCCGAAGUUCUUCCCGUGAGCGGUGUUGGUAAGAUGAGGAGGAGGCUUAUAUGGUGUUGCUGUUCUAAACCUCUAUAAAGUACCGUCAGCUGAUCCAAUCAUCACUUAGAAGCCAUGGGUGAGGAAGUUCGACCCUACAAGGAGCAACCGAUCAUAAUGUGGCACACAUUAUUCUUGUUUGAUUGAGAGCGACUUAAAUCUCCAAAUAACAACAACUGGACGGUCGAGGAAAUUCUUUGCGAAAUAGAGUGCAAUCUUCAAGACCCAGUCGCUUAUUACAAUUUUUCAACAAUAACGUCAGCAUCCGUCUCGAUACUUAUGUAGGAAGGGGUAAAAUGACAAAAAUUCCAUGAACAUGUUGAAAUACCAAAAGAGGGCAAAUGCUAAUGCAGUCUGCCAACAUUUAGAUAGUCAGAAAUGGAUGCUGCUGAAGAAUGAGGUUUAAACUUACGCAUUUUUUUUAACGGUUUUCGAUAUGGGGGUGGGGGUUAUUGGGUUUAAACCACCCUUUGGGAUCCGUGAAAGAAAGGGGAAGGUGGUCUAUACGGAAGGGAGGGUUCAAGACGCAGUACGUCGCAGCUCAGUAAAAAGAUGAACCUCAAAUGCCCUUUUUUCCUUGUCAAUUUUUUGGGACAUAAAAGCUGGUCAACCCCCUUUUAGCGAAAAGCUAUAUAGAUCCGCUAAUGAUUAGGCGUCAGGAUCUGUCAGGGGCUUCGGUACGACUCUCGCACCUGGUAGAAGCAUCCGGGACGUGAAAUUCGGAACAUUAAAUACUAAAAAUGAUAUAAAGAAACCAAAAGUCAAAGGGGAUGGACAAAUUACAGAAGCGGUGGCUUUCGAAAAUUUAAUGGUAGAAAAUAUAGACUAGGAAAAGUGAAGUGAGAUGCCUACAGCAAAUUUUAAGGUCCCUAAUGUCUUAGGCCUUGUGGUUCAACAUUACGGGCCAGAGUCGUAAAACUUGGGAUUCAACGAACCUUACUAAAGUCAAAUUCAAUUCUUGAAUAGUUAGUUGUGGUAUGUUACAAGUCAAUUUACGUUUGAUUUUUGUAAGUUGAGUUCAUUACCAAGUUUUAAACCAAAGGGUCCAAUAAUUUUUUGUUGGGGUUGUGAAAGCAAACUUACCCCGUGGGUUGUCAUAUCUUAUGCGUCAACCACUUUGCCUAAACAUGCUAAGUAAGCACUGGAAAAUGUACGCUUAGGCUUACUUUUCUUGGUCUAUGGCAAAGAUGCUAUAAGAAGAUAAGUCCAGAAUGAUCCUCAAACAACCGAUAGGCCUAUUACAGAAAUGAUAGUCACUUAACAAAAUUAGAAGAAGUUCUCUGUUAGGAUCAAGAAUAUCACAUCAUGGCGUUCUGGAUUUACGAGCAUUGUUACUCCAUGAAGUUUGUAAGUAAUAGAAAGUUGCAGAAUUAUGAAUAACAAAAAAUAACAAGAAUAAACAAAGUCAUACAAGCAUAGCACAUCAACCGGGUGCACUAUUAUAAGUAUUUGUUUGAAUAUUUUAUGAUGCAAAAUUAGGUAACUUCCUCAUGCAUAAGACUAGUGAAGGUCAAUUGAAGAUAUUGAUUUUGUUAUGAAAAGUAUAUAAAUGUCAUGGCAAGAUGUAAAUAUUUCAGCAAUAACGCGUUUUUACGCACUGUGCGUCACUCCAUUUUAUGUAAGUCUUCUUCAUAUUAUGAUGUCGCUAGUAAUAUUAGUAUGAUUUAGAUAGUGAUAUUUUUAUGGUAGUAUUGUCAUUUCUCAUUAUUGCCUAAAGUCAUAUGUCGGUGGAAGUAAAUGAAAGUUACACAACGGGAAUCUUAAGUUACUUUGACCUUACGCCUUUUUCUCUUUUGCAUCAUCAUAGAUUAAUCAUUACAGCAUUUUAC